AUGAAUACAAAUAGCUUCUUCAACCAGGCAGCUGCAAUAAGUAUACCCAAUGGUAAUCAGGGGUCUUCAUUAUCUCAACCAAUAGAUAUUGCUUACCAAAGAUCCGGAUCAGUAUUCAAUAAUAAUUCCAAUUUCCCUACUUCUAAUCAAAGAGAUUCCAUUGCACAUUCUCAAGGUGUUGGUGGGAUUAGUUGGGGUUCAGUCACUAUUGGAAGUUGGCUUAAAGAUGAAGUCAUGAUGCACAACAAUUUUAACUUGGGUAGUACAAAUGCUCAAAUAUCAAUGUCGCCUCCUAUACAAUCAGCCUAUUUACCUGACUUGGAAGCCAAUUAUUGUAAAGAUUAUAGUUGUUGUGGCCAAUUAUUGCCAACGUUACAUGAUUUGUUGAAGCAUUAUGAGGAAUCUCAUAUAUCACCAACGCCUCCUACUCACCAACCAAAACCAAUCCAGAAUUUCGAUACUGUCUCCACGACUGAUGUCUUUAUAAAUUCAAAUAACAACAACAAUAAUAUGAACAAUGUUAAUCAAAAACAACAAAACACUUUUGGUUUCAAUCAAUCUCCUUUUCAACAACAAAACAUACAACAACAACUGCGUCAGCAAUUACAAGGUUCAAACAACAACUCAUCAUCAUCUAUACACCAACAGCAACAGCAUCAUAGUCCUCACCCUCAACAACAGCAAAAUCAUCAUAUCCAACAACAAUCACAGCAACAACAACAGCAGCAACAACAAAAUUACCAACUGCAUCAAAAUCUAAACAAUCCUCAACAGGUCAAUAUGGAUGAAGGAUACAUUGAUGACCCUUCAAGAAACUUGUAUGUGGCACAAGGCAACGAAAAACCAUUCACAUGUCCAGUGAUUGGUUGUAAUAAGACAUAUAAGAAUCAAAAUGGUUUGAAAUAUCAUAGACUUCAUGGUCAUCAAAAUCAAAAAUUACAUUUGAAUCCUGAUGGCACUUAUAGUGUUAUUGAUCCAAAUGAUGGCAAUGGCAUGGAACAAGAUAAACCUUAUAGAUGUGAAGUUUGUGGUAAACGUUAUAAGAACUUGAAUGGUUUGAAAUAUCACCGUGGCCACUCUACACAUUAG